UAGUGGAGCCAGCUACUUAGGGGCGUGACUCACGCCGCACAUGGUAAAGCAGAGUCCCCCAGCCAGCAAGCAGUAAGCAGGGGCCAGAGGGAGGACCUCUCUGGGUUGUGUUGGGCAGGUGACAUUGCCCGGCUUACUGCUCUCUGUUAUUGAGCUGUGCACAUGCAAAGAGACGAAGUUGUCUACUUUGUUGUGCUACAACUCAAGUGCCAGUGAAGCUCUAGUUUAAGACUUUUUUUUGAGUGACAUUUGCCCGUGUGUGUUUGGGCUUCUUCUCUUGAAUCGUAUCGAACUACAUCGUGCGUAAGUGCUGGGCCAGCGUGCUUUGUCACAAUGGCGGAGGCCCAUCAGGCCGUGGCGUUCCAGUUUACGGUGACCCCUGAGGGUAUCGACCUACGUCUGAGCCAUGAGGCCCUCAAUCAGGUCUUCAAGUCUGGGGUGCGCUCCUGGAAAAAACGUGCUCUUCGCCUCAAGAACAACAUUGUGUCAGGAAUGUAUCCAGCAACUCCAUCCAGCUGGCUGUUCGUGGUGGUGGCGAUCAUGGCCACCAAGUACGCACGGAUGGAGCCUUCCCUGGGCAUGAUUGACACCAUCCAGCAGAGCCUUCCCACCACGGAAUAUCUGUCUAGGGACAGCAAGGAUGUGCUCAGUGGGCUCCUGCUGGCUACUGGACUGUGGCUGGGGCUUAUUCUAGCUCUCAGACAGUUCCUCAAGCUGCUGCUCUCCUACCACAGCUGGAUGCUGCAGAGACACAAAAAACUUUCUCUUACCACUAAAAUCUGGAUGGGAUUGGUUCAACUGUUCUGCUCCCGAAAGGCCAUGCUGUACAGCCACCAGGCAUCCCUCCCACGGCUCUUCGUUCCCUCCAUCCCUGACACCAUGCGCCGUUACCUCGAGUCUGUGCGUCCGCUGAUGGACGAUGAGAAAUUUGAGCGAACGCAGGCACUGGCGACAGAUUUUCAGAACACCCUGGCGCCCAAACUGCAGUGGUACCUCAAGCUGAAGUCCUGGUGGGCGUCCAACUACGUGAGUGACUGGUGGGAGGAGUACAUCUACCUCCGUGGCCGUGGACCCAUCAUGGUCAACAGCAACUACUAUGGCAUGGACUUCCUGUAUGUGACACCAACGAGCAUCCAGGCUGCACGUGCUGGAAAUGUGGUGUAUGCCAUCCUCAUGUACCGCAAAAAGCUGGAACUGGAGGAACUCCAACCGCUUACAUUGCCAAACAGCUGUAUCCCUCUGUGCUCGGCCCAGUGGGAAAGGAUGUUCAACACCACACGAAUCCCAGGCAUAGAGACGGACACGUUGCAGCACUUGAAUGACAGCAAGCACUUGGUGGUGUACCAUCGCGGGCGCUUCUUCCGCCUCUGGCUGUACCACGGCGAGCGCUUGCUGGGUCCCCGCGAGCUCCAGAAGCAGUUUCAGCGCAUUCUGGACGACCCCUCCGCCCCACAGACCGGCGAGGAGAAGCUGGCGGCGCUUACGGCUGGGGAUCGGGUUCCCUGGGCGAAGGCUCGGCAUGCCUUCUUCCGCAGCGGCGUGAACCGCGUAUCGAUGGAUGCAGUGGAGCAGGCUGCCUUCUUCCUGACGCUGUCUGACGACGAGCAGGGCUACCGGCCCGACGACCCCGAGCGCACGCUCAAUGACUACUCCAAGUCGCUGCUGCAUGGGAAGUGUUAUGACAGGUGGUUUGAUAAAUCUUUCAGCCUGGUGGUUUUCAAAAAUGGCAAGACGGGUAUUAACGCCGAACAUUCUUGGGCAGACGCCCCGAUUGUGGCUCACAUGUUUGAGUAUGUGAUGGUGACUGAUGCGCUCGUCAUGGGCUACACGGCGGAGGGGAACUGCCACGGAGACACGGAGAUGGGCCUGCCGCCCCCUCGCCGCCUCCAGUGGGACAUCCCAGAAGAGUGCCAGGAGGUGGUGGAGGACUCGAUGCGCGUGGCCCAGGCGCUUGCCGAUGACGUCGACUGCUGCACCUUUGCGAUCACCGACUUUGGCAAGGGCUUCAUCAAGAAGUUCCGCACGAGCCCAGACGCCUUCGUGCAAGUCAUGCUCCAGCUGGCACACUUCAGGGACAUGGGAAAGUUCUGCCUGACGUACGAGGCGUCUAUGACGCGGCUGUUCAGGGAGGGCCGCACGGAGACCGUCAGAUCCUGCACGAGCGAGGCCUGCGCAUUUGUUCGCUCCAUGCAGGACCCCAACGUCACCGCAGCGGAGCGGGUGGCCCUGUUCCGCACCGCCAUGGAUAAGCACCAGAGGAUGUACCUGCUGGCCAUGACAGGUUUGGGCAUCGACCGCCAUCUCUUCUGCCUCUACGUUGUGUCGCGCUACCUCGGCCUCGAGUCGCCUUUCCUCAAGGAGGUCCUAUCUGAGCCUUGGCGGCUGUCCACAAGCCAAACGCCACUGCAGCAAACCAAGAUGUUUGACCCCAACCAGAAUCCGGAUUACGUCACGUGCGGUGGAGGAUUUGGCCCUGUUGCUGAUGAUGGGUAUGGUGUCUCUUACAUCAUCAUUGGAGAAAACAUGAUCAACUUUCACAUCUCCAGCAAGAACUCCUGCCCGGACACUGAUUCCAGCCGGUUCGGACGGAACAUCCGGAAGGUGCUCCAGGAAUUGAAGGACAUGAUCGAAUCAGAGAUGAAGUCCAAGUAGGAGGGAGUGAGCAGCCUGUCUGCUGCAUACCCACAUGCACCCCUUGUUAGCAUGCAGAUCCCCAGUGCUCACAGAGAAGGGCCACUUUGUAGUUUUUUUUUUAACUUAAAUGUAUCUCAAAUACAGAAUGAAUGCCAAAACUUUAGUGUAGCUGGGCAUGACUGGUUACUGGUGAGAUGACGAGUGUUACAUUCAUCGGGCAUUAAUAUGGCAUUAAAGUAGAAUUGCGAGUACAGAAUAACGAUAUAUGUGUUUUUGGUGAAGCUCCAUCUAAGCAGGUGGGCAUCUAAGCAGUGAUGACACAAAUGUACACGUACAUUUAUUUAUCCACAUCAGCAUAUAAUACAACACUCACUAUACUAACAGUGCAUAGAGUUCUUCUCUCUUGCCUCGGUGGGGGAAGUGGGCAUUAUUCAUGUUAAAAUCUUUUAUAUGUUUUAAUAAAUUCACUGCUUGUUCAAUGCAUUUAUUAAAACGCAUUGUGCCUUUGGUUUUGGUUAUGCUGUAUCUUUAACGCCGAGAAUGCUAAAUAAAAGUUUACAAAAUAGAUUUUUUUUUCAUAUGGAACCAAGUUAGUUUUUUUCGUAAAAAAUUGAGCCAAAAUACACAACCAUGGCUACAGGGUGCGACGAUUUAGAUGGCAACAGAUUUGUGCUACAAAUACAAAGAUCUGUUAACAGGCUGUUGGGGCAAAUGCUGUUAGCGAGCACCUAACAGCACUUGGUAAACACUUGCACAUCCUGAUUGCCUUCUAGCAUCCACGCAUCCCUCGUGAACAUAUUCAGCGAUAUGGGCACUGGUUCUGGCCCGGUUGUUGGUCUGUGUGGUGGAAAUCCAAUGAUUCUAUAAAAAUGUAAUUUUCAUAUUGUAGAGAGGUGUCUCCAGAUAAACACUCGGACUUUUUUGCAUAUCAACACCAACGGCGUGCAGUCUAUAGCAUACACAUCCCGGGAUACACCCAAUAGUCAGUCCUGUGAUUGUGUAGCUGCUCGAUAGUUGUUACUUUUGUGAAACUGGGUUUAGAAAUGUUGCAAGUGUUACAGAGCACAACUUGUCGUGGCACUUUAGUGCAAAACAAAAUUACACCACCACAUAAUUACUAUGUACUUGCUAUUUCUGUAGUAUUUCGACAUAUGAGGUAUAAUCCUGCUUGUAUUCUUAUCCCAAAUGUUUCUGCUGUCAAUGCUUCAAUUUUAAAAUGUUUUCUGCCAGCACUGAUGGCAUUCAGUUUUUAUCGCAGUAUUUGGCCUCUCCUUGUGGGCUUCUGGAGCUUGUGACUGAAUAUGGUUGAAUGCUGCCUUUCCAGGGUGCAUAGGCAAGGGUUGCAGUCAUUUCAGCAGACGUUUAUGUUCCGCACAGUUGGCUAUGUAUGGUGCAAAAUAACUUCUGUAUACAUACAAUAGGAACACAAUAAUGACGUAGCAUCUUUUGUUCACCACCAGUGGAAAUAGGCAUGCAUAAUAAUAAUCCGAGUGCAAGUUUUGUUUGAACAUUCAUUGGAAGAAAAUCCAGUCGUAUGCAAUGGUAACUUGUUAUGUAAAUCAUACUUUUUUAUGGAUGUUUAACAAAUGUAAUGUUGACGUUUAUAAUUGUAAAGUGUUCUCAUUGCUUCAAAACUUUGUUGUAAACAGGUAAUGUAAUAAUACCAGCAUCAUGUUGGUUGAAUGCAACAUGUCUAAAAACGCGUCAUCUGCCUUCUGUUGUUAAACAUCAAAAGAAUGUCACUCAACUUGGGGUUAUACUGCGAUUAUUAUACAUUUAUAAAUAACUCUUCUGGACUCUUAACAGAUUUAAUGUUUGUACAUUUAUCGUUUUGUACUUAUGUUGGUCAUAUUUUCCCUUUUUAAACUUCGAUGAUUGCCCUGAAGAUUUACAUUUGGAGACACACGCCUAUAUUUUAGACACGAUGCGAAUUUCUAACUAAUGGUGAUCAGGCUUCCAGGAACUCCCCAGUGGUCUUGUUUUAAAACAACAAACCUAAUUAAAAGGGAAUAUUUUCGAAAAAAUGCGGUGUUUUAAUUUCGUGGUCUUCCACAAUUACCAUAUUGUAACAUUUGGAUGAGAACCUAGAGUAAAUGUAACUUAUACAAACUUCCACGUUUUAAGAACUAAAUAUUUUUCUCGAUGUAAACAAUGCUAACCCUAUAUGCAUUUUCCUCACUAAAGAAUUGCAUUUUUACGAAACAUACUAAGCAUAUAAAAUCACAAAUUGUGUUGCUAUGCUUUACAUGUCAUCGUUUGUCUGACUUUGCAAAACAGCUCUCCCAGACUGCAAGCAGAGCUUCGCUGAGAGCCACAUUGAGAUGUAGCCAUUCGAUUGAAUUUAGUUAGAAGCCAUAUAGGAGGAAGUACCGUCUGUCUUUACUACUCUUAAAGCUAUUUGAAGUUACUGAAUGAUGGCACGGACUAAAUUAGCUACACCUGAAGUGGAAUGUUGGUAAGUUAAGAGACAAAACUUCACGAACACAUGCCUUGCUGAAACCUAUUCGCAUAGGCGACGCACAAGAAAAGCCGUUCAAUGCAAGCGAAGAGUAGUGUCCAUUCCUAAAUGUUAUAUAAAUGUGUAUGUUAUUGUGAUGCAAGAGCAAUGCAAAUACUUGGAUUUCUGAUGGGUGAUUUGUCUUAAAGCAAAUUCGUGCAGUGUGUGCAAAGUGAGUUAUUCCCGUGGCUUGCAUGAUUCGAGGAUCCUGUAAUCUUGAACAAUGUUAGAUGUGCACAGAAUAAGAAAAUCUACAAGGGAAGAUACGGACUGAUUGACCAUGGCUUGAUUUAUAUUUGCGCUUGUACCAUAGAUUUAUUUUAUUUAGGUUCCCAUGUUACAUGGAAUUUUAUCACAAUUUCUAUGGUAUUUUUCAAAUCUUGCCUUGACAGCAAAAUACCAGGCUGCCACCUCAUUCCAAUCUUAAGGGUGUAAUAGAUGAUAAAAUGACCAGCAGCGUGUCUCCUUGAACAUGACUUGUAUAUUCACUGAGAUGGACAUGUUAAUAUACCGCGUAAAUAUAAAAUGUGUAAAUGGUUAAUUCCUGUAAUACUAUUUACAUUUGUGUUGACACCCAUAGUUAAAAUCCCAUUUCUAAGCAAAAUUACAUCAGAUUGAAUUGUGCUUGCUUAAGAAAAGGUUCAACAUCGUAAAUGUUAACACAUCGUCUGAAAGUAGUUUUCUAGUGUUUAGCACUAUAGUUGUAAUAUUCAAGCAACAGUACUCUUUUUUUUGGUACACUUUCUGCGUUGCCCCGUUUUAAGUCUACUCAUGCUACUCAUGCUCUAUGUUUGUGUGAAUUUUAAGGUGGAGGAAUGGAAUUAUGUUUGGUGCUUUUGGUGUUUCCAUUCGAUGCUUUACCAUGCACUGGAACCUAGGGCCCGGGCCGCAACUAUCUGUGCAGUGAUAAUUCAAAGAUGAUACCUCCUGCUGAAGCUUUGUGGUGCAGGUAACAAUAGAUCGUGCACUGCCCAUUUUAUCAGCAUCCCACUGCUAUAUGAGCUACCCCCCACAACUUGCUGGCUGUGAGGGAUGUUUGACCAUACCUGACGCUGGUGAUAAAAGAACAUGAUAAUAGAACAUCAUAUUUGGCUUGUGUGCUUCCUGUCCACAAGUUAUAGGUUACUUCCUUGAAGCUACUGAGAUCAUCACAUGGGGUGUUUUGUGUUGUUUAACUGUCUGAUCAAUGCAAUUGUGAACUGUGGCAUUAUUUAGCAAUGUUGGGAAUAAACUUAUGGUUUUUGUGAUCACGAAA